UUGAGUGACCACUGGAACAAUUAAGUCCAUCUCUACCCUGAACCGGAGCGCACUCUCAAACCCAAAAGUGAGAACUCAGAGAAGAUUAGGGCAAGAAUCUCUUUUCUGCUAUCCCUUUCUACUUCCCCUUUGAGAUCGUUAACUUUUUCGCUUACUAGCUCCGAUCUUUUGGCCUUUUCUACAGUCCAUUGAUUUGCCUACAUGUCUGGAAGAAAAGAAACAGUGUUGGAUCUAGCAAAGUUUGUUGAUAAGGGUGUCCAAGUCAAGCUCACUGGUGGAAGACAAGUGACUGGUACACUAAAAGGAUAUGACCAAUUGUUGAAUCUUGUGUUGGAUGAAGCAACAGAGUUUCUUAGAGACCCUGAGGAUCCACUGAAGACUACUGAUCAGACCAGGCGUCUUGGCUUAAUAGUUUGUAGAGGGACUGCUGUGAUGCUCGUCUCCCCCACUGAAGGAACAGACGAGAUUGCCAAUCCAUUUGUCCAGCCAGAGGGGGCAUGAUUUGUGUUGACAGCAGGCAUUUUUCGCCAAUAUCAAUCUCUUGUUCUUUAGGCUGAAAUUAUAUGAGUUUUCUUUCAACCCUGCAAUGAGAAUCCUCAUAAUUUUCAAUGAACUGUGAUUCAAAACUUGUACCUUCCAAUGUUACAGGAACAUUUUGAAUGUUUGGCACGCAAGUUGAAAGUUUCGAGCAUUUUGUGACUAUUCAGAAUUCAGUAUUAAACAAUUUGAGAGGUGUACACAUUUGAUUCCA